AUGCAGCCACCAAGCGAUCCCAUCCGGCCAAGGCAACAGCGGCGCGGCGGCCAGGAGAUGCACCGGGUCAUGGCCGCCGGCGGCCCCAACUCCCAAUGGAACGAUGGCGUUGGCCAGACAGGUGGAGUUGAGUUACGAAGUGAGGUGCAGGGUCGACUACCAUCAUGUCCUCCGAUGGCAGGCCUUGCCGAAGACAAUGAUGAUCCCCUGGCGGGGCCGUACUCUGGCAGCUACGCCCCCUCUGCAUCCUUUGAGGACAUGGCCAACGACAACACUUUUCUAAAUGGAAAUGGAUAUUUUUCCAACAUGUUGGUUGAAACCAAUCUAGGGGAUUUUGAUAAUUAUAGCAACACGAAUGUUGACCAUCAGUCACAAGCAAUGCAAGUUAGUCCAGCAGUCCCCUCUGCGAGGCCAAACCAUAAGAGAUCAAAGAAUUUCAGUGACCACGAAGAUGAGGUUUUGGUUUCAGCGUGGCUGAAUAUAAGUUUGGAUCCGGUCGUAGGCAAAGAUCAAAAAGGUGGCAGGUAUUGGUCUCGUAUCUGUGACUAUUUUCAUGAGCACAAGACGUGCCAAUCAACGCGUACCAUUAAUUCUCUAAUGCACCGGUGGGAGACCAUACAGAAAUGUGUGAAUAAUUUUUGUGGAUGUCUAACACGGAUUGAGUUAAGGCGUCAAAGUGGUACUACAAUGCAAGACAAGGUUGCAGAGGCAUGUGCUUUGUACAAGGCCGAAGACCAACAUAACAAAGCAUUUCAGUUCAUGCAUUGCUGGGAUAAGCUGAGAACACAACCGAAAUGGCUUGUUAAACUUGAUGAAUUGGCUGCUGCUAAAACAUCUAACAAGAAUCAGAAGACAAGGCUUACUGCUGAUCCGAGUGCAACUUUACCAAGUGAAAUAGGACAAGAUGCAGUUGAAGACUUAGAUGCUAAUGCAUUGACAAGGCCAAUUGGUAAGAAGAAGGCAAAAGCAUCAUUGCUGCAAGAGAAGAAAAAAAGUGUGAUAGCAACCUUAGAAAGUAUGUGGGCACAGUUAAAACAAACUGAUGAGGAGAAAGAGCUAAAGAAAGAUCAGAGGUUCAACAAAGCAUUUGCUCUAGAACAGGAACGAGUAGCAAAUGAAAAACUACUUCUUGAGGUGAGGAGACAGGAGGUCCAAUUGCAGAAAAAGAGGGAUGAAGAGAGGAUUAUGGCCAUGGACCUUAGUGCCAUGCCAGAUGAGCAAAAGAAAUACUACAUGUGCUUGCGGGCUGAGAUCAUGAGUCGAGUGCUCAACGAGAUCAUCUCGAAGUUGAUUGUGAAUUUCUCUGUCCUUUAUAUUUUCGUAAUUCUUAAUAAACUCCUCAAGUUCAGACUCAUCGGCAUUCAUGGCCACAUGAGUAACAGAGAGGAGGAAAUCAUCAUCGUCAUCAUCCGACGACGAAUUCAUCACCAGCUGCAUGGAAAGGCUUCGUUGACUCAUACCGAAUUUGGAGAUCGCAGCGAAGACGUCUGGGGAGAGCUCCUAGCGGCGGCGUUGAAUAUGUUGUGGGGAAGUUCUGUGCGUGGCAAUGGGCCCAAUUAUAAUGACGUGGCCUGUUUUAAAAUAUUAGGGACUAGUUAUUAG